AUGUCGACCUUCUUCCCCCCCUCGCAGAUGAUUGCCCCCGGCGAGAUAUCUUUUGCCUCAGACCGUGCAAUCAAAGACUUCCAAGCUAUUGCUCAGCACUUGGAUCACUUCAAAGCUCAUGUCGAAAGUGUGAAGCUCGACGACGGACAAGUCCUCUACACGCACCAGAUGGUGACUAAGGCUGACAAGGGCAUCAUUAACAAGAAAGUCAGGAUCAGCCUUGUUGAGGCCGACAUCACCCUCAACACGUCCUCUCGCAGUCUAGCGUUUCAUGUUUUUAUCGAUGUCCCUAUCAUUGGACACAUCCUCCUCGUGUCGUCCAUAAUUCCUCUCAAGGUCGACGACCAAGUGAAACUUGAUUUCGAUGGAGCGGCCAAAAACCUUGCGUCUGGACACGCGAGCGUCACAAUUGAUGCAAACAACAACGUUAUCCUGACCUGGGACUUCGUGGCUCUCAAAGUGGAGUCAAAGGGUUCCCACAUCAUCCUCCACUUCUAA